AUGCGUUCAGUGUUUAAUGAAACGAAAUCUGGAUGUCCUCGGCCGAAUGUGAAGGAAGAAAAUAAGAUAACAAUAAUUAAAAUCAAUCUAUCUAUCUAUCUCUAUCUAUCUAUCUAUCUAUCUAUCUAUCUAUCUAUCCGUCUUUGCUCUGUCUCUAUCUACUACGGGUGCAUUGAUGCAUUAUAUGCAAUUUCUUUCUUUCUUUCUUCUUUUUUCUUCCUUUCUUUCUUUCUUUCUUUCUUUCUUUCUUCUUUUUUUCUUUCUUUCUUUCUUUCAAUCAUCUAUCUAUCUAUCUAUCUAUCUAUCUAUCUAUCUAUCUUCUUUUUUCUUUCAAUCCAUUGUUCAAAAAAGAUGAUCUAUCUAUCUAUCUAUCUAUCUAUCUAUCUAUCUAUCUAUCUAUCUAUCUUUCAUCUAUCUAUCUAUCUAUCUAUCUAUCUAUCUAUCUAUCUAUCUAUCUAUCUUCUUUCUUUCUUUCAAUCAUCUAUCUAUCUAUCUAUCUAUCUAUCUAUCUGUCUUCUUUCUUUCUUUCAAUCAUCUAUCUAUCUAUCUAUCUAUCUAUCUAUCUAUCUAUCUAUCUAUCUAUCUGUCUUUCUUUCUUUCAAUCAUCUAUCUAUCUAUCUAUCUAUCUUCUUUCUUUCUUUCAAUCAUGAUCUAUCUAUCAAUCUAUCUACCUAUCUAUCUAUCUAUCUCAAUUCAUUCAUUACCUAUCUAUCUAUCUAUUUCAGUUUGUUCAAAUCUAUCUAUCUAUCUAUCUAUCUAUCUAUCUAUCUAUCUAUCUAUCUAUCUACAUCUUUCAUUCUUUCUUUCUUUCCUUCAAGGCUAGAUCCGUAA